AUGUCGAAUACUAGAAACAUGAACCAAGCCAACAACUUCUGGGACUUUGUCGCCAGUCUGCAGAACAACCAGGGUGCAUCUCCUUUUGCUGAAGGCAGAGGUCCUGCUGCCGACUUCGAUCCAUUCCAGGGUCAGGAGUUCUGGGCCCCUUGGAUGAGCCAACGUGGCAGAGGACCUCAUCAUGGUCAUCCUCAUGGGCAUCGCCAUGGCAGAGAAGGCCACAGACCUCCACCUCCUCCCGAGCACGACGGAAAUGUCCCUCCUGCUCCGCCAGUGCCUCAUGUCGAUGAGCCUUCUCGCUCGCCAAGUCCACCCACUCCUCCUGAGACGCCUGCAGAGCCUCAGCAUCAUCCCCACAGAGGUCCAUCUCCUCACCAACAUGGACCCCGUCAUCCUCACCGAGGACCCCCUCCUCACCACGGGCCCCAUCACCACCGUGGUGGGCACAGAGGAAGAGGUAGAGGCGGCCACGAACAUCACAAUCACGGACCUCGUGGACCUGCGCCUUUCCCCUUCGAUUUGAAUGCACUCGCAGAAGCUUUCGCGCCUGCUCUCUUUGGCAAUAACAGCCCAUUCACCAGCGCCGCCAAUCCUGAAGCCUUCACCAAGGAAGCAUCAAAGAACGCCACCAACAACAACAACAACAACACCAACAUCGGCACUUUCACACCAACAAUCGACCUCUUCAGCACCCCCACCUCCUACAUUCUCCACACCUCCCUCCCCGGUGCGAAGAAGCCAGACAUCGACAUCACCUACUCCUCCACCCGCAACAGCAUCACCAUUUCCGGUGUGAUUGCCCGCCCCGACGUCUCGGAGACAAUGAUGAACUGUUUAAUCACCGACGAACGCAGAGAAGUGGGUUUGUUUGAACGGGAAGUCAAGCUAGAGGAGGGUGUCAAGGUCGACGAGGAGAGGAUUGGUGCUAAGCUCGAGGAUGGCGUGUUGAGGGUUGUUGUGCCCAAAGUCAUCCAGGAGGAAGAGGAGGGGUGGGAGAGUGUGAGGAAGGUCGAGUUGGAGUAA